AUGACGAAGCAUAGGUGGAAAGACUUAAAGAAGUCUUUGUGGAUAUAUAUUAAUCCUGAGAAGAAAGAAGAGCUGAGAACAGCACAAAAAGAAAAUGAAGAAAAAAGAGGAAAGAUAUUGAAGCUUAUCAAGACUGUAAACCAAGGGAACAAAGAAGCCAUUUCAAAGAAGAAGUCAGAACUUACUAAACUCGUCGAUGAAUUCCAGCAAAGAUACCAGUUUCUCUAUGCCCUCUAUGAUAACCUCGCUAGUGAGAUUGGUAGAGUUGUAGACAAAAGAGAUGAGGAGUCUUCUGAGAGUUCAGAUUCGGAACCAUUUUAUACCCCACAUGCAUCCAGUGUUAGGAGUAGUCCAAUGAUACGACGCUUUCAUGUCACUAAACUGAAACAUGAUAUAAGUCAAGAAUCCGAGGAAGCAUACCUAAAGGACAAACUGACUUCAACAAGUGAAGUCGUGAAGGAAGCUAUAGAUGGUACACCAGAACAUGAGAAAAUCAUAAGGAGUCCAGAAGCCAAGGAUGAAUUAAGCUUGUUGAAGGAGGAUUUGGUCAAGAGUGAGGAGAAAAUAAAGUCUCUGACCAAUGAAUACGAUGAUUACAAGAAGGAAACAACAGCUCAGAUAAAGGAAUUAGAAGGACAAGUUUUUAUGUUGAAACUCGAGGUGGAUACUCUGGAAGCUGAGAAAACAAAAGUUGAGAAGCAGCUGAAGCAACUACAAGACAAUAAUCCACAGCUACAAAAUCAUAGAGUUGAAAUUGAGACGCAUUCAGUAGCUGAAACUGAAAAGUCUGUGGCACAUGGAAUCGAACUGCAAUCUGAAGUGAAUAUUUCAGGUUCUCAGACAAUUGUAUCAGAAAGGUCACAAAGCACAGUGGAAGGUUUAGAAGUACUGAUGGAAGAUAAGGGUUCAAGUAUGCAAGUAAAGGACCCAUCAGAAGCUCAUAAACGCGUGUUUGAAGAGCAGAUAAGAAUGAUGAUUAAUGACACUAAUCAAUCGAGAGAAACAACAGAGAGGUUUCAUGAAAAACUUGUUGAACUUGAGAAAAGAUCAAGAGAGAGGGAGAAUGAACUUUUAUCACAGCUAAAGACAUCAGAGACUAGAGGGAAUUUAUUGUCUGAGGAGAAUGUAUCUUUAACAUCACAGCUUAGCUCUCUCCAGCAAGAAUUGGAAUCUUUACAGGCGGAGAAAUGUGAAUUGUGUUUGCAAAUUGAUAAAGCACAUGAAGAAUCAAAGAAUGUGAGCACACUGAAGAAUCAGAACUCCAGGCUAACAGAAGAAGUCGAAGAUCAGCAGAAAACACUCAUCGAAAGACAGGUCAUUAUUGACAAGUACAAUGAAGAGCAUAAACACCAUGAGGUAAAGAAUGUAAAUAUCAAUCCAUACGUCCAACUAGUUGAGAGAAAGAUUGAAGAAGCUGCAGAAGGUUUACGAAAACAGUUAGAAGAUAAUCUUCGCAUCCUCAGCAGGAGGGUCCGCGUUGCUGAACAAUUACAUGUUGAGAACAAAGACUUUUGUCAGGAGACAAAAGAAAAAUAUGAAGAAAAUAAAAAAGAGCUCGAACAUUUUCUAAAUAUGCUCGAGGACUUUUCACUCUCAGCAAACCAAAUGCUCAUUGCAUUAGACACGGUGGUAUCGAGAUUUGAGGAAUGCAAUGCCAAUUUUAUGAACAGAAUUUCCCAAGUUUCUUGCGCGCUGAUCUUUGCAAAGGACUGGAUGAAGAGGAAAAACGAGACGAUAACACACAUGAAGGAGGAUCUGGACACCGUAUUAAAACAGAGAGAUGACAAAGAAUCCGAAAUUUUGGGAUUGAGAGAAAAGGCUAGGAAGCUGGAAAACAAAGUGAGAAAAGUAGAGAAGCUAGUGAAACACAAGGAAGAGGAAAUGCUGAGCCUUGGAGAGGAAAAAAGAGAGGCGAUUCGACAGUUAUGUGUUUGGAUGGAUUAUCAUAGGAGUCGCUGUGAUCAUCUCAGGAAAAUGCUUCAUUGUAAUAAAACUCACAGAGCCCGCUAG